ACCCAAAGUUGGACCAGCAAUGCGGUCACGCGGAUAAAAGGUGAACCGUCAGCGGGUCUUACUUUAAAAACCGCAGUCCCCACUCCUCGUCCCUAUCAUCCAUUCCCCUCCCGCCAACUAUGCCCUAAUAGCCGACCGCCGGACCAUCUUCCCAUCCGGCAAGAUGCCGCAGAAGUGGCUCAGCUGUGCGAAGAUUGACCACAAGGCUGGGUCUCGUCUUCCGACCAUCACCAUGUUGGCACACCCUGCCAAAGGGACAUGACAAAUGUGUCAACGAUGGUGGACCAGGUGUACUGGCUCAUAGUAUCAAAUAUAAUUUCAGUGCAUUUAUUUAUGUUUCCAGAUAUAUGGGAGCUGUGCCCAACAAUAAUGAGCAAAUCUUGAAAAUUCAUUUUGAGGAUCUUUCACCUUGGAACAUAAAUGUAGCGGGAAUUAAUAGAUUUUAUUGUAUGUGACAGCUCAGAAAUUGCAGAACUGAGCUGUGAAAGUCUGCAGGUGAACUGUGAAUGACGAGGUAGAGAAGAUGGGGGAGAAAUAGUCAAGGAAAGUUGUACACUAUCGUAAUUUCACACGUUGAGCGCCAGUACAAAUAUGGGGUCUCCGGCCGGUUUGUGACACAUAGUGCUGGCGUACAUCACACUGUAAAAUAAAAGAGAGCAGAAUACUGAGGGCCUUACGCAGGAGUCGAUGUCGGGCAUGAGAGGCUUUGCUCCGGUGCUUGCAGCGGCGUUGCUCGCCGGAGUCUUGGUCGCCUGCGUCCCUGCAGGCGUGAAUUCCGCCGUUGUCGGCGUGUGCUACGGCACCAAGGGCAGCAACCUCCCUCCGCCGCAAGACGUGGUGAAGCUCUACCGCUUCAACACCAUCUACAGCAUGCGCGUAUACUCUGUCGAGCCUGCCAUCCUCGACGCGCUCCGCAACACCCAAGUCGAGGUCAUGGUCGGCACCACCAACGACGACGUCGCGUUCCUCGCCCGCAGCGCCUCCAACGCUGCCUCCUGGGUCCAGACCAACGUGAAGCCCUACUACAAAGAUGUUAGAAUCAGGUACAUCGUCGUCGGGAACGAGCUCACGGGCGGCGCCGCCCAAAGCGUCGUCACCGCCAUGCGCAACCUCAACAAUGCCCUUGGCGACGCCGGUUUUAGUAGCAUCAAGGUGUCCACGGCGGUGGGGAUGGACGUUAUCACCAACUCCUUCCCGCCGUCCAGCGCCGUGUUCGCGCAGUCCUACAUGACGGAAGUGGCGCGGUUCCUGGCAAGCAUCAACGCGCCGCUGCUCGCCAACGUGCAACCCUACUUCGCGUACCAGGGAAACCCUGGCAGCAUCAGCCUCAGCUACGCCCUGUUCCGGCCCGGCGCGCCGCCGGUGACGGACAGCGGGAACGGGCUGGUGUACACCAACCUGUUCGAUGCCAUGGUGGACGCCAUGUAUGCCGCGCUGGAGAAGGCCGGGGCGCCGGCCGUGUCGGUGGUGGUGUCUGAGAGCGGGUGGCCGUCGGCGGGAGGGGUGGGAGCGACAGUGGAGAACGCGAGGGCCUACAACCAGGGGCUGAUCGACCAUGUGGCCUACGGUAAGGGCACGUUUGAGAAGCCUGGGCCUUUCGGUACCCCAAAGAAGCCUGGGCCGAUGGAGGUGUACAUCUUCUCCAUUUUCAGUGAGAACCAGAAGCCCGGGGACGAGACACAGAGGAACUUUGGGCUCUUCUACCCUACCAACAAAGUGCCCGUGUAUGGCAUUAAUUUUGCAGGAACACUGCCACGUUAUUAGAUUGUUGUGCACGGAUCUUAAAAUGAAAUGAAAUUCGAAUAAAAUUUUGUC